UAGUUCUUCCGCUCUCUCCAUCCGGGUAUCAUGGAGGGGCUCAGUCCCAGAGGCUAAUGCUAGGCGUAGGGCAGGCAUGGCGGUGCUCAUCCAGGGCGCCAGCCGAGGGCUGGGCUUGCAAUUCUGCAAGCACCUCUUGGCCUCUCGGGAGGAGGUGCUCGUCCUCGCCACUUGCCGGCGGCCCUCGGAGGCUGAGGCGCUGCAGGCCUUGCGGGCGGAGUUCCCGCGGCGCCUGGCCCUCUACCCGCUGGACGCCACGCGAGAGGCGGAGGUGCGCCAGGCGGCCGAGGCGGUGGCCCAGGAGCACGCCGGGCUGGACCUGCUCGUCAACUGCGGGGCUCUGCUGCACCCGCGCGGCGGGCGAGGGGAAACCAGCCUGCGCGACGUCGCCGCCCAGGACCUUGCUUUAACACUGGCGACAAACUCUAUAGGACCCUUAGUGGUAGCGAAAUAUUUUACGCCAUUGCUGCUGAAUGGAACAGGAGCCUUUGGACGUCAAAGUACUGAUCCAGGCAAAAAGCAUCAAGCUAUCCUUGUGAACAUGUCUGCCAGAGUUGGAUCCAUAGGCGAUAAUGCCUUGGGCGGAUGGUAUAGCUACCGGAUGUCUAAAGCAGCUUUGAACAUGGCUACCAAGAAUCUCAGCAUUGAACUCAGGAGGGGAAAAGCUAAAGUAAUAUGUGUUUCCUUGCAUCCUGGGACUGUAAACACUGAUUUAUCCAAACCUUAUCAUAAGAAUGUGCCCAAGGGCAAACUCUUCUCUCCAGAACACUCAGUUAAUUGUCUAAUGAGUAUUAUAAACAAUCUUGAUAUGGAACAAACUGGGAAGUUUUUUGCCUGGGAUGGUUCAGAAUUGCCAUGGUGAUUAACACUUCCCCUACAAUCUUAAGCACCUCUUCGGAAAUAGGAAACAACAGAGACUAUUACCAAGUAUGCCUAUAAAAUACAAGUAGAUAAGUUUUGGGGGCUGCAAACCAGUUUUCCAAAACUGAAGAAUGCACUGAAACUGUUGGGUGUCCACUUACAGAUCAGUAAAAAUAUUUUUAAAUGUUAAAAUACCUAUGUAAAGAGAAGGUAUGCACCUUGCUUAAAAGAUGAACUGCUAUACUUGGAGGGUUCUAGUAGUGAGGAAUUAUAAGGUAAAGGUAGAGGUUUCCCCUGACAUUAAGUCUAGUCGUGUCCGACUCCGAUGGAUGGUGCUCAUCUCCAUUUCUAAGCCGAAGAGCUGGCAUUAUUGGUAGAAGCCUUCAAGGUCAUGGGGCCAGCAUGACUGCAGGGAGUGUUGUUACCUUCCUGCAGAAGCAGCACCUAUUGAUCUACUCACAUUUGCAUGUUUUCAAACUGCUAGGUUGGCAGAAGUUGGGCCUAACAGCGGGAGCUCACCUCGCUCCCCGGAUUCAAACCGCCAACCUUUCGGUCAGCAAGUUCAGCAGCUUGGUGGUUUAACCCGCUGCGCCACCAGAGGGCACAAGGAAUUAUACUUUGCUGAAAAAUAAGAUUCUGGUGCGGGACACAUUUUUCUCAUGGAUCAGAUACCUCCCAAUGCUGGUAUAAUGAAUUGCAAUUUUAAGAAGAUUGCUGAAGAUAUUGCUCUGGUUCUGCAAAGCUUGGAACUGUGGAAACACUUCUCACAUA